AUGGCUCCGCCCCCGGCGGACGGCGGCGCGGCGCGCGGGGCCCGGGAGGCCGGCGCGGGCGCCGGGCGGGGCGGCGGGGCGGCCGCGGGGCCCGCGGGGCCCGCGCAGGCCCGGAAGCCGCUGGUGGAGAAGCGGCGGCGCGCGCGCAUCAACGCGAGCCUGCGGGAGCUGCGGCAGCUGCUGGCGGGCGCGCAGGUGCAGGCCAGGCUGGAGAACGCCGAGGUGCUGGAGCUGACGGUGCGGCGCGUGCAGGGCGCGCUGCGGGGCCGGGCGCGCGAGCGGGAGCAGCUGCGGGCCGAGGCCAGCGAGCGCUUCGCCGCCGGCUACAUCCAGUGCAUGCAUGAGGUGCACACGUUCGUGUCCACGUGCCAGGCCAUCGACGCCACCGUCGCCGCGCAGCUCCUCAACCACCUGCUGGAGUCCAUGCCGCUGCGCGAGGGCAGCAGCUUCCGCGACCUGCUGGGGGACGCCCUGGCCGGACCCGCGGGAGGCCCCCCGGGCCAGAGCGCCUGGCCCCCGGGAGGGGCCCUGGGGUCCCCGCUGCCCAGCCCCCGGGGCCCCAAUGACGACUUGUGCUCCGACCUGGAGGAGGCCCCAGAGGCUGAACUGAGCCGGGGCCCAGCCGAGGGCCUGGACUCGAUGCCCAACGCCCUGGGCAGCCUGACCUCGGCCCGCCUGGCCCAGGGCGUCUGGAGGCCGUGGUGACGGGCCAGCCUUCCCUUCUCCCGGGGCCCAGAUUAGGGGUUGUUGCUCUGCCCUCCUCCGGAGCAAGGCUGGAGGGGGCUGCCCGAGGGCAUGUCCUGGGCACAUCCUGCCCCAGGGUGAGGAGAGGGUCGGGGAGCAGCCGGUCGCUCGGGGAGUCACCUGCUGGAGCCAGGCAGGUCACCCCAGGGGUGCGGCCUCUCCCCUGGUGGCAGCUCUGGCCUGGCAGGAGCUGGACAGAGCCUGGGGCUGCAGCCGGCAGAGCAAGGCGAAGCCUCGAGUGUGGUGGGCACCAGGACACCGCAUCUGUGCCAGCUGCCCGCAGGUGGUUAAAUAAAGGACUCUGGAGAGUUGCUUGA